AGGUGGAGAUAAACUACGGUAACUAAAAUAAGACAGCUCUGGAUACUAAUUUUGUUGUUAAAUUAAUUUCAAACCCGUUAACUGCCUUACUGGAAGUGAAUUCUUCGAGUUUACCAGUAUGGCUCUGACUAUUACGUUGCUGAACAGUGCUUACUUACGUGGUAGAUGCUGCAGGCACAAAGUUUUGCAUCCCUUACUUGGACCUUUCCUCAGCGAUUCCAUGUCAAAAUUGUAUAGCAGCUACAGGAGGCCAGGGUCACAGCCUGAGAAAAAACCGUCUUGGCAAACUACCGAUUUCAGUUUUAAGAAGGGCAUCGAUGUCUUAAAGACUCAGCUAGGCAUGCUGAAGAAGGAGACCAAAGAUUACUUAAUAGGACCUGGAGGCCAUCCAUUUGAUCAGUACCUGUUGGAACAGACAAGGGUGUUGUGGGAGUUUCGGAGCCAAGAAGAUUUAAAUAAAUGGGUUAUUUCCUCUGAUGUAGAGAUUGGAGGGAAAAGUGAAGUUUACCUCAAAUUGGGUAGGAAUAACCAGGCUGCUCUGCUGUAUGGAACCCUCAAUACGGAAGUACCUCGUGAUGGGGAGACCAAAUACAGCGGAUAUUGUAGCAUGAGAGCUAAACCGCCAGUGGGAUCCUUUGCUAGGAAGAAGUAUUAUGACUGGUCAAACUUCAACAGUCUGUAUUUACGUGUCCGUGGCGACGGCAGACCUUGGAUGGUAAACAUUUAUACAGACCCUUACUUCUCUCAUCAAAAGGACGAUCUCUACAACUACUUCAUGUUCACCCGAGGAGGCCCAUACUGGGAGGAAAUAAAGAUUCCAUUCUCCAAAUUCUUUCUCUCCAGUCGGGGAAGAGUCCAGGAUGAACAGCAUCCUAUCUGGUUAGACAAGAUUAGUACCCUUGGAUUCACGAUUGGAGAUAAAGUAGAUGGUCCGUUCCAGCUGGAGAUAGAUUUUAUUGGCCUGCUAAACGAUAGAGCUCACACAGAAGAAUUUGCGUAUGAAACAUAUGAGAAGAAUCCUCGAGCCUAAGUUGGGCUGGUGGCCUUUGGGACAUACUUCU